GUCUUCCUCCCGGCUCUGAUCACCACCAUCGGCCGCGAUAAAACAGGGCUGAAGCAGAGACUCAGAGAGGAAGUGCGAAGCCAUAUCAAGAGCGAAAAGGGAGUAGUUGGUUUUGAGGAAUUGAAAGGGAUGGAACUGGUGUGGUCAACAGUGUACGAGGUGCUCCGGCUAAAUCCGCCGGUGCCGCUGCAAUUCGGCCGCGCGAGAGAGGAUUUUGAGCUGAGUUCGAGAGGGGCGAGGUACCCAGUGAAGAAAGGGGAGCUUUUGUGCGGGUACCAGCCGAUAGUUAUGAGGGAUCCAACGGUGUUUGAUAGGGCAGAUGAGUUCGUGGCUGAUAGGUUUAUUGGAGAGGAGGGGAAGAGGCUGCUGAACUACUUGUUCUGGUCGAACGGGCCGGAGACGGGGACUCCGUCUGUGCAGAACAAGCAGUGCGCAGCCAAAGACCACGUUGUGGCAACCGCUUGCUUCAUGUUGGCCGAGAUCUUUAGGAGGUAUGAUGACUACGAGUGCGGGGACGGCAUGGAUUUCACCAAGCUGGAGAAGGCGACCGCCACCACCGCCACCGUCUCCGCCGCCGCUGCACCGGGCGGCGUUAAAUGAGGUCGCUGAGUACUCUAAAAGCUUGUUUUAUACUAAUUCGUAAUUACGGGCUUCCAUUUUAAACUUCUAAAUUGUUUGGGUGGUGGCUUAGAAUAAAUGGAGUGUUUUUUUUUUUUUUUCACCUUUGCUACUUCUCCUGUCGCCGGCGAUCGCCAUUAGAGGCUCUAUUAUUUGCCAAACGCAGAAGCUGCGAGAAGACAAAACCAUUGCUGUCGUAGAAUCAACGUCUCGGAUCCGUAACGAUGAAUCAUGAUUUUUUAUAGUUUUUUAUGUGGUGCUUAUCAUUGUAACUUGUCAGAAAAAGCUAAUAAAAUGUGCGAAUCAAUGGUGACGCUGGUAGAAA